AUGCGAUUCUUACCCAAUCACAUCUUGAAAGCCUUACUGGCGGUUUCUAUGGUGACCACAUACGCUGGGGCAUCCCCUCACGACUCUCCAGCAAUUCAGGUUAGCAUCUUCGACGAAUAUGCCAACAACGAUGAUCACCAUAUGCGUCACGGAGUGCCUAUGGACGCUGAAGCGGCAGGUAACUGGGCAGACUCCGAGUCCGCAGGUCCCCCACUCUUUUAUGGCAGCUGUUACCGUUUGAGCAGUGAUGAGUAUGGAAGGCUUGGGGGAGAUAAUGGUGUUUGGAGCUACCUGCAAUUCGGCCAAGAGAAAUCCAAGGUUUUCAAAGUGUGCCACAAACAAUAUUCAUGCCACCAGCAUCAAGGAUCAGUCCAGGCCGGGAUGGAUAGCAAACCAUACUUCUACUUAUGGGACUUUGAGGGUUCCAAGAGGGUCCCCCGUGGAAACUAUCUUGCUGUUGCUGGGCCGGACAAGUUUUUCGCAGCUGGCAGUGGAUAUUGCGAUGUUAUCCGAUUCCGUGGUGAUCUUGAUUACAAUUAUUAUCAGGAGGAUGAUUAUUCUCAGCCAGGUGUCUCCAAAAUUCGUCUGACCUUGGCACCCUACGAUACCACUUCCACCAAAUCUGGUCUGACCAUUGAUGGCGCUAAAAACCUGAAGCGAACUUCUGCAGGAAACUCCGUCCGCCUGAACUUCCAUCCCGUUGCCUGUCCCGUUGAUGAGGACGACUAA